AUGUCUUGCCACAACUACUCUGCAAACUAUAGCUUGGGAUCCCUCAGAAGUCCCUGCCGUAUUCCUCUCACCUCCUCCAUUGCCCUCUGCUCUACGGGUAUGAGCUGUGGUGAUGUCCUCUGCUUGCCUAGUAACUGUCAAGACCAUCUCCAGCCUCUGGACAACUGCCAAGAGAGCUGCAGUGAACCAACCAGUCGCCAGCCAGCCCACUGUGAUCCCAGCAACUGUGAAACAUCUUGCUGCCCUUCUACUACUUACUACGUGUCCAGACCCUGCCAUGGAACUUCUUUUCUUCCUGCUGCUUCUUAUAUCUCUGGCUCCUGCCUCCCCAUAUUCUAUAGACCUCUGAGCUAUGUGUCCAGCAGCAGCCGACCCCUGAGUCUCCUCACUUAUGGAUGCCGCCCCGUGGGUUUUUUGCCCUGUGGUCCUCAACCACUGAGCAUUGUGCCCAGCAGCCUCAGACCUCUGCAUCCUGUUUUCGCUGGAUGCCAGCCUCUGAGCCACGUGUUCAGUACUUGCCGUCCAUCUUGCUCUGCACUGGGAGGCCAGUAG